AUGGCGGACGAAAAUGGCAGUCUUCCGAAAGAAUCGGCGGAUAACCCCGUUUUUGCCUGGCUCAUACUCUCAGACCGCGGAAGAGAACGGAGCCGCAGAAACGAUAUAUUCCGCCCCCGCUGUUUUCAGCGUAGUUUAGUAGCGGUAAUAGCGUUAAGUAUAUAGUGGUAAUAGUGAUUAAUUAGUGGUCAGGGUCUUCGCGAACUCCCGAGUCCUGACGCGGGCCUGCAAAUGUAUUGGCCUAACAGGACGCGUAACAUAGACGUACAACAGAUUUUUCUCCGGUUCGGUACCGGAGAAAAAUGUCAAACGUUUAUUGAUUAUAUAUUUUUUUUAUUGAGUUAGAAUAGGUGGAGAAACAAAUAACGCACUGAGAUUUGCCGAUGACAUUGCUUUUUGCGCAGAAACAGAGAAUGGCCUGCAAUAGAUUUAAACUAAGGUCAAUAAAAUAUUAUGGGACAAAUAUGGAAUGCGAUUAAAUNGCAAGCGAAAAGGGCUUUCCUGAAUAAAAAACACCUACUAACCACCAUUAGUAUGUACUUAGAGAUAAGAAAAAGGUCCUUAAAAACAUAUGUAUGGAGUAUUGCCUUAUAUGGCUGUGAAACCUAGACAAUCAGUGCAAUAGAGAAAAGAGAACUAGAGGCGUUAGAAAUGUGGUGCUAUCGUAAAAUGUUAAGAAUUUAAUGGAUUGAUAGAAUAACGAAUGAAGCAGUAUUAAAUAGAACAAAAGAAAAGAAAAUACUUUGGCAUACCAUAAAAGUUAGAAGAGCUAAAAUGAUAGGUCAUCUACUACGCCAAGAGAGUCUAUCGAAAACCGUCCUAGAAGGCGACAUUGAAGGCCAUAUAGGAAGAGGAAAACCAAGGAUGGAGUACACGAAGCAAAUCAUAAUUGACAUGGGGAAGAAUAGUUAUAAGGAACUAAAGGAAUUAAGUAACGAUAAAGUCACAUGGAGAACUGCAGCAAACCAAUCUAAGGAUUGA